AUGGCUUCUACUGCGGCCGUCGACCAUGUCUUACAUCCAACCACUCCAACAAACAUCCUUCUGCCACGCGUAGUGAUCAAAUUCUGCACGCAAUGUCGCUGGAUGUUGCGCGCAGCAUACUUCGGACAAGAGCUUCUUUCGACCUUCGGAACGACGAUUGGUGAAGUCGUGUUGCAACCUACAAUGGGGGGUCUAUUCCGUAUCGAACUCACAUAUGAUCUCAAUCAUCCGGCCGCCAUCACAUCAUCCAAUGAUACAAGAUCGAUCGAUACGAAAUAUAUCGAUAUCAAGCAUGUCUUGCUUUGGGAUCGUAAGACAGAAGGUGGAUUCCCCGAAACCAAAGUAUUGAAGCAGAGGGUGAGAGAUCAUAUCGAGCCAAGUCGGCACUUAGGACACUCCGAAAAGGGUGAAAAGACAAGCCAUGCAGAUAUGGUGAAACACGAGGCUUCUUCGGACCCAUCGCAUGAAGCCGAGAAGCAGAAAGCCUGCGAAGACUGCAAAUAA